AUGGGAAUUCUGUUUUUCUUUUAUUCGCUUGUCUGUCUUUUGUUGGUAAUUAGAGAAAGCUUUUCUUCUUUCUCUGUGAUGAUGCAUCAUGUUUGCUCUCCCACUGAAGCUUUUUCUUUGCUUCACUUCAAACAAUCCUUUCAAAUCUCUGACCAACCUACAUGUUGGUAUGAUACUAAUGAUAUCCCAAAAACAAAGUCUUGGAAUGAGAGUAGGGAUUGCUGCAGUUGGGAUGGGGUCACUUGUGACUUGUUAACUGGUCAUGUUAUCGGAUUGGACCUUAGUUGCAGUUUGCUUACUGGAACUAUUCAUCCCAAUAGCAGCCUCUUCCAGCUCCAUCAUCUCCGGACACUAAACCUUGCUUACAAUGACUUCUAUUCUUCUUCAAUCCCACAUAACAUUGGCCGAUUGACGAAUUUGAGGCAUCUCAACGUUUCUGGUUCAUUCUUUGAAGGGGAAAUCCCAACAGAAAUCUCAUACCUUUCAAAUUUGGUUUCACUUGAUCUUUCUUCUUUAGUGCUGUAUGGAUUACAACUUGAUCAGAGAACAUUUGAAACAAUGCUUCAGAACUUCACUAAUCUGGAGGUAGUUUCUCUCCAUGGUGUCGACAUCUUCUCUCCGAUACCUGUGAAUAUGUCUUUUUCCUCGUUAAGGUACGUGGAUCUUGGAUAUACUAAUCUGCGAGGUGUUAUCACAGAGAGCUUUUUCCUUCUGUCAGAAUUGGAAAGGCUCUAUUUGAGUGACAAUGAUCUUCUCAAAGGAGUUUUACCAAAGAUCCACCCGAGCAACACUCUGUUGGAGUUGGAUAUUUCUUACACAGGAAUCUCUGGUGAGCUGCCUGAUUCAGUUGGCACCUUGAGUUCCUUGAAUAUCUUGAACCUCAAAGGAUGUCAAUUCUCUGGUUCCAUUCCUGAUUCCAUUGGCAAUCUUACACAAAUUUGGUAUUUGGAUUUCAGUAAUAAUCAUUUCACCGGCCAUAUUCCUUCCACAAUCUCUCAAUUGAAGCAGCUCACAUAUCUAUAUCUUUCGUCCAACUCCUUUUCAGGUGAAAUUCCAGAUAUUUUUUCUAACCUCCAAGAGCUACAUUCUUUAUAUCUUUGUAACAACAGCUUCAUCGGUUUGUUUCCUUCUACAAUUGAAAGCUUGACACAACUUCAACGCUUAGACUUGUCCAACAACUCACUUAACGGUACCAUACCAUCUUCGGUGUUUAGCCUCCCUUUGCUAUUUUCAUUGUCGCUCCAACAUAAUCAAUUUAGUGGAGUAGCCGAUGAGUUCAAAACAUGCCCAACAUUAGCAUACCUAGAUUUAAGCCAUAAUCAAUUCAGUGGUACUUUUCCUCAAUCACUUGCGAGUCUCACAAACCUUUCUACCCUCGAGCUUUCAGCAAAUAACAUCACCGUCGAUGAGGGAAUACAAAUCACUUUUCCUAGCCUAGUAGUUUUACAGUUAUCAUCUUGUGAACUGAAGGAUUUCCCACACUUCUUGACAAAUGUAAAGAAACUUCAGGUCUUGGAUAUUUCUAACAAUAAGAUUCGUGGCCAAAUCCCAAAAUGGUUUAGCGGCAUGAGGUGGGACAGCUUGUGGUACCUAAACCUUUCGUAUAAUUCUUUAACAGGCCACCUACAACAAUUUCAUUUCCAUGAUCUAAGGUAUCUUGAUCUUAAAUUUAACUCCCUUCAGGGUCCACUCUCUUUGUCCAUUUGUAACAGUAACACGCUUGAAUUUCUAGAUUUAUCACGCAACAACUUCAGUAACUCGAUUCCAAGCUGCUUGGGAAGCAUGUCUAGUCUAAAAGUGUUGGACUUAAGAAGGAACAAUUUCACAGGGAGUCUUUCUCCAUUAUGUGCGCAGAGCACUUCAUUGAGAACCAUUGUCUUGAAUGACAAUCAAUUUGAAGGAACUCUCCCUCUGUCGUUGCUCAACUGUAUUGGUUUAGAAGUUCUUGAUAUGGGGAAUAACGCUAUAAAUGACACAUUUCCAGCUUGGCUAGGAAGACUUGAACAACUGCAGGUCCUAAUAUUAAAGUCCAAUGUGUUCCAUGGACCAAUAAAUAAUUGUCAGAGUACGUUUUGCUUUCCCAAGUUGCGAAUUUUUGAUCUUUCUAGUAAUGAAUUCAGUGGCUCACUUCCUGCAAAUUUUCUUGGAAACUUCAAGGCAAUGAUUAAAUUAGAUGGUGAAGACACAGGAGAGAUCAAGUACAUGGAACCAUCUGGGAAGUCAUUGUACACAUCAUAUGAGGAUUCUGUGAGUUUGGUGAUCAAAGGCCAGGAUAUUGAGCUAGAAAGAAUCAGCACAAUUAUGACAACCAUAGACCUCUCGAGCAACCAUUUUGAAGGUGUCAUUCCGAAAACACUAAAGGAUCUCAGCUCACUUUGGCUACUCAAUUUAUCCCAUAACAAUCUCAUAGGUCAUAUUCCAAUGGAAUUGGGGCAAUUGAAUAUGCUUGAAGCGUUAGAUCUCUCUUGGAACCGGCUCACUGGAAAGAUUCCGCAGGAAUUGACAAGGCUAACAUUUCUGGAAAAGUUAAACCUUUCUCAGAAUGUUCUCUUCGGACCAAUUCCUCACAUUCUACAAUUCAACACAUUUGAAAAUGACUCGUAUGGCGGUAACCUUGAUCUAUGUGGUCCUCCUUUAUCAAAGCAAUGUGGAACGAGUGAUCUAUCCCAUGUUCCUCAACCAUUGGAGUCUGAAGACGAGUCAUAUUUUUUUCGUGGAUUUACGUGGGAAUCAGUAGUCAUUGGCUACAGCUGUGGACUAGUUGUUGGAACUGUUGUGUGGAGCCUCAUGUUUAAAUAUCGUAAGCCAGAAUGGUUUGUCGAAUUUUUUGAAGACAUUUAUCCCAAGAAAAUGAGAAGGUCAAUGAAGAGAGCUCAGAGAUGACAGACUUAAUGGAAGAUUGCAA